UUGCUCGCCUCAAUCUCGUCGUGUCUUCAUACGAAGGCAGACCAUCGGUGGCGUCUGCCACGAACUCGAUAAUAAAUUACGUUACAAAUAAAAACAGUGUUCUAAUUCGUUAAUAAUGACUCGUUAUCUGUGGUCAACUGUGACAGUUCUGUGUUUGACGAAUUUGGCGCUAAAAUCUACAAACGGCCAAUCAGAGGCGUUAAUAGCGAAGCAUGCGUGUGUAAUCGGCGCCGGGUACUCAGGUCUGGCCGCUGCUAGGUACCUCCAAGAGUACGAUGUCAACUUCACUGUGUACGAGGCGUCGCGGCAUAUUGGAGGUACUUGGAGGUUCGACCCACACGUUGGCACUGAUGAGGAUGGCCUACCACUCUUCACCAGCAUGUAUAAGAAACUCAGAACAAAUACUCCCCGCCAGACGAUGGAGUACGCGGGAUUCCCUUUUCCAGAAGACACGCCGUCCUACCCCUCCGGCGGCUGUUUCUACAAAUAUCUACAGAGUUUCGUUAAAAAAUUCGAUCUCAUGAAGUAUAUUCGAUUCCGGAGUCUAGUGACCAGAGUGCGUUGGGCGAAUGACCAUUGGGAACUGACUUACGUUGACAGCAAAGAUAAGAACAGUUACACUGACGCCUGCGACUUCAUAAUCAUCGCUAGUGGACAGUACAGCAACCCAGUGAAGCCUACAUUCCAAGGACAGGAUAGUUUUAAAGGUAAUAUAAUACAUAGUCACGAUUACAAGGACCCUGAGACGUUCCGAGGUCGUAAGGUGAUGGUUGUCGGCGCGGGCGCAUCUGGCCUCGACCUUGCUACUCAUUUAUCCAACGUCACCGCCAAGCUGGUACACAGCCAUCACCUGUCCUACAACCAGCCCAAGUUCCCCGGCAACUACGUCAAGAAGCCAGAUAUUGAUCUCUUCAGGACAGAUGGCGUUAUUUUCCAAGAUGGAUCCUACGAGGAUAUAGAUGACGUCAUAUUUUGUACUGGGUAUGAGUACAACCAUUCGUUUGUUGACGAGAGCGCCGGGCUGACGGUGUCGGGCAAGUUCGUGCUGCCGCUGUACCAGCACAUCGUCAACAUUAGACACCCCACUAUGACCUUCCUUGGUGUUGUGGGGAAGGUCAUCACACGAGUAAUGGAUGCCCAGGCACAGUACGCGGCGGCGCUGGCCGGCGGUGUGUUCGAACUGCCGCCGCAGCAGAGCAUGUUGAAGAUUUGGCUGGAGCACGUGCGUUCGCUGCGCAACAACAACUUGAGGAUCAUCGACGUUAACCUCGUUGGUGACGAUAUGGACUAUUACUUCGCGAAGCUAACGGAAGAGGCGGGCGUGGUGCGCGCGCCGCCCGUGCUUAAGGCGAUGCGGGACUUCAACGCAGUCAAUCGACUGGAGGACCUCCUCAACUACAGAGACUAUGACUACCAGAUCUUAGACGACAACAACUACGAUAGAACGUACAACCCUAGAAGAGAAGACACGUGCUCUAUUCAAAUAUAACUGUCCUAUUGGAUGACGGCCAAAUACUGAAACGAAUCUAACCUAUGUUUAUUAUAACUUUAAUUUCCGCGCUGAUGAAGACAUGGGCAACACCUAGUCUUAAAUAAUUCGCUUUAUUAGCGCCGCUUACAAUCUGAUAGACGUCAUUUGUAAGGAAUUUGGAGUUUUAGCACGAGCUUUUAGAACGUUUUAGUAUUCGGACGUGGAUGUGUCUGAUGACAGAAAAUAAGAGCUGCUAAUUGGAGUAAUUUCCUUAAAAAGGCGUACAAAGUUAACAUUUCACGUAUUAAUAUAAUGAUGUACAGUCAGCUGCAAAAAUAAAUAUACAUUUACAAAGCUUCGGAUACUUGUAUACACUUUCGUUUAAAAAAAUGUAUGUAUAUAUUUAAGAUGGGAAGUAUACGGACGGACGUGCAUGUAUAUUUUUGAAAACGAAGACGUAUAAAGUUUCAAAAGGUUUAUAAAUGUAUAUUUAUUUCUGUAGCUGACUGUACUUCUUGUCAAUGUUAAUUGAGAAAUUCGUGGGACAGUAUUGUAAUCAGUGUUGUUUAGUGUUACCAUUAGUUGUAUUUUGAUGGUGAAUAAAAGAAGUUUUAUAAUAA